UCCGGGGCCGGGGGUCCCGGCUCCGCCUGGGCCGGCAGAGCCCCUGAGCCCUCCGGUGUCCGCGGCCGGAGGAGGUGCCGCCAUGGGGAACCAGCUGGCUGGCAUCGCCCCCUCGCAGAUCCUCUCGGUGGACAGCUACUUCUCGGACAUCCACGACUUCGAGUACGACAAGAGCCUGGGCAGCACCCGCUUCUUCAAGGUGGCCCGAGCCAAGCACCGCGAGGGGCUGGUGGUCGUGAAGGUGUUUGCCAUUCAGGAUCCCACCUUACCCCUGACGAGCUACAAGCAGGAGCUGGAGGAGCUGAAGAUAAGGUUACACUCGGCACAGAACUGCCUCCCCUUCCAGAAAGCCACCCUGUCCGAGAAGGCCGCCAUGCUUUUCAGACAGUACGUACGGGACAACCUUUAUGACCGAAUUAGUACCAGGCCGUUCCUGAACAACAUCGAGAAGAGGUGGAUCGCUUUCCAGAUCCUCACCGCGGUGGACCAAGCGCACAAAUCUGGAGUCCGCCACGGUGAUAUUAAAACAGAGAACAUAAUGGUGACCAGCUGGAACUGGGUUCUUCUAACUGACUUUGCCAGUUUUAAACCAACUUACCUUCCUGAAGACAAUCCUGCUGACUUCAAUUAUUUCUUUGACACAUCUCGGAGGAGAACGUGUUACAUCGCUCCCGAGCGCUUUGUCGAUGGCAGCAUGUUUGCCACAGAGCUGGAAAACAUGCGGGACCCUUCCACUCCUUUGGUAGACUUGGCAAAUAGCAAUCAGCGAACAAGAGGGGAGUUAAAACGUGCCAUGGAUAUCUUUUCUGCAGGUUGUGUAAUAGCAGAGCUCUUCACAGAAGGUGUACCCUUGUUUGAUUUAUCUCAGCUUUUGGCGUACAGAAAUGGCCUCUUUUCCCCUGACCAAGUCCUCAACAAAAUUGAAGACCGCAGUAUCAGAGAACUGGUCACUCAGAUGAUCCAUCGAGAGCCAGAUAAACGUUUAGCAGCUGAAGAUUAUUUGAAGCAGCAACGUAACAAUGCAUUUCCUGAAAUAUUUUACACUUUCCUUCAGCCUUACAUGGCCCAGUUUGCCAAGGAAACGUUUGUGUCAGCAGAUGAGCGUAUAUUGGUCAUACGUAAAGAUCUGGACAACAUCAUUCACAAUCUCUGUGGGCACGACCGCACAGAGAAGGCCGAGGGAGAGACAAAAGAGAAUGGGCUGGUUAUUCUAGUGUCUGUGAUAACUUCCUGUUUACAGACUCUCAAGUACUGUGAUUCAAAACUGGCUGCUUUGGAGCUGAUUCUUCAUUUAGCACCAAGAUUAAGUGUAGAGAUUCUUCUGGAUCGUAUUACUCCUUAUCUGUUACAUUUCAGCAACGACUCUGUGCCCAGGGUGAGGGCAGAAUCUGUGAGGACACUAACUAAAGUUCUUGCUCUUGUCAAAGAGGUGCCACGCAAUGAUAUUAACAUUUACCCAGAAUACAUUCUGCCAGGCAUUGCACACUUGGCCCAGGAUGAAGCCACCAUCGUCAGACUUGCAUAUGCUGAAAACAUAGCACUAUUGGCAGAAACAGCUCUGAGAUUUCUGGAGUUAGUACAGCUGAAAAAUCUGAAUAUGGAAAAUGAACCAAAUGGUGAAGAAAUGGAUGAAACAUCUCACCCUAGUGAUAACUAUGACACAGAAUUGCAAGCCUUGCAUGAAAUGGUCCAGCAGAAAGUUGUGACUUUGCUAAGUGACCCAGAGAAUAUUGUGAAGCAGACACUGAUGGAAAAUGGAAUAACACGUCUGUGUGUCUUUUUUGGACGUCAAAAAGCCAACGAUGUUCUUCUGUCUCAUAUGAUCACUUUCUUAAAUGACAAGAAUGACUGGCAUCUUCGAGGAGCUUUCUUUGACAGCAUUGUUGGUGUUGCUGCUUAUGUUGGCUGGCAAAGCUCAUCAAUUCUCAAACCUCUGCUUCAGCAAGGUCUCAGUGAUGCUGAAGAAUUUGUCAUUUAUAAAGCCCUCAAUGCUCUUACUUGUAUGUGCCAGCUGGGGCUCUUGCAAAAGCCCCAUAUUUAUGAGUUUGCUUGUGAUAUAGCACCAUUCCUGUGUCACCCUAAUCUGUGGAUAUGUUAUGGUGCAGUUGGAUUUAUCACUGUGGUGGCACAGUAUUUGAAUAUUGCUGAUGUCUAUUGCAAGCUAAUGCCAUACCUCCAUCCUUUUAUCACACAACCAAUAAUACAGGUAGACAAAGAAAUAGUCCUGUUAAGUGUCCUUAAGGAGCCUGUCAGCCGUUCCAUAUUUGAUUAUGUCUUAAGAUCAAAGGAUAUCACGAGCCUCUUCCGACACCUGCACUUGCGUCAGAUGAAGAGAACUGGAGCUCUCUCUGAGUGCCCACCCCCAGAGGACCCUGCCAUUGCACAGCUCUUGAAGAAGCUUCUUUCACAAGGGAUGACUGAGGAGGAAGAAGACAAACUGUUAGCACUGAAGGACUUUAUGUUAAAAUCCAAUAAAGCUAAAGCCAAUAUUGUGGAUCAGAGCCACCUGCAUGAUAACGGUCACAAAGGGGUGAUUGACUUGUCAGCUCUGGGAAUAACUGGAAGACAAGUGGAUCUUGUUAAAACAAAGCAGGAUUCUGAUGACAAACGGGCUAGAAAGCAUGUAAAGCAAGAUUCAAAUGUAAAUGAAGAAUGGAAAAGCAUGUUUGGGUCCCUGGAACCCACAAACAUCUCCCAGCCAAUAUCCAAAGGACAUGGGCAAACUACUGAUCCUGAAGCCAUCCAAGCUGGGAAGCCACUUCGUUCAGAGUCCUCAGCUGGCAUUUGUGCCACUUUGUCAUCCUCUCCACAGGCAUCUGAUGGAGCAGUUGUCCAGCCCAGGAAACCAACCCUGCAGGCUCUGAGCAGCACGAUGUCCCCAUCUGCACACCAGCUGCGCAUCACCACCUGCAAAACUGAGCUGCAGCAGCUGAUCCAGCAGAAGAGAGAGCAGUGUAAUGCAGAGAGACUUGCCAAACAGAUGAUGGAGAAUGCUGAGUGGGAGAGCAAGCCCCCACCUCCAGGAUGGCGUCCCAAAGGGUUGUUGGUAGCUCACCUUCAUGAACACAAGUCUGCCGUGAAUCGCAUUCGGGUCUCUGAUGAACACUCCAUUUUUGCCACUUGCUCAAAUGAUGGCACAGUGAAGGUCUGGAACAGCCAAAAAAUGGAAGGAAAAACCACUACAACCAGAUCAAUUUUAACAUACUCUCGGAUUGGAGGACAUGUAAAGACACUUACAUUUUGCCAAGGUUCACAUUACUUGGCUAUAGCUUCAGAUAAUGGUGCCAUCCAGCUUCUUGGUAUUGAAUCCUCAAAGCUCCCUAAAUCUCCAAAAAUUCAUCCAAUACAAAGCAGGUCGUUAGAUCUGAAGGAUGAUGGCUGUGUGGUAGACAUUCAUCACUUCAAUUCAGGAGCCCAGUCAGUUCUGGCUUAUGGAACAGUUAAUGGAUCUCUGGUUGGAUGGGAUUUGCGAUCCAGCAGCAAUGCUUGGACACUAAAGCACGAUUUGAAGUUAGGCCUCAUAACUUCAUUUGCUGUGGACAUACACCAGUGCUGGCUGUGUAUUGGAACGAGCAAUGGUACCAUGGCAUGCUGGGACAUGAGGUUUCAGUUACCUAUCUCCAGCCACUCUCAUCCUUCCAAGGCCCGAAUCAGACGCCUGCUCAUGCAUCCUGUCUAUCAGUCCUGGGUAAUAGCAGCUGUUCAAGGCAACAAUGAAGUCUCCAUGUGGGAUAUGGAAACUGGUGAUCGACGCUUCACUCUGUGGGCCAGCAGUGCGCCACCUCUUUCAGAACUGCAGCCUUCUCCUCACAGCAUCCAUGGAAUAUACUGUAGUCCAGCUUCUGGUAAUCCCAUAUUACUGACAGCAGGCUCAGACAUGAAAAUAAGGUUUUGGGAUCUAGCCUACCCUGAGAGAUCAUAUGUUGUUGCUGGAAGUUCUAAUUGCCCAUCUGUUUCCUACUACAGGAAGAUAAUUGAGGGCACAGAGGUGGUUCAGGAAAUUCAGAACAAGCAAAAGAUGGGGCCCAGUGAUGAGACCCCUCGGAAGGGUCCAGAGUCUCUCCCAGUCGGGCAUCACGAUAUUAUCACCGAUAUCGCGACUUUCCAGACCACACAAGGGUUUAUAGUAACUGCGUCAAGGGAUGGGAUCGUUAAAGUGUGGAAAUAAAAAUUGUACUAAUAUAUAGUAUGUAAAUAUUUGUAAUAAAGAAAUAGUGUUAUAAUGAAGUUUUCAAGGACUGAUUCCAGUUAAUGGAAUGGACUGGACUUUAAAAACUAUAAAAGCAACGAUAAAAUCAGUUACCUGUAUCCUACCACCCUGUUGGCAUUUCCUAAUCACUUCUUAUAUUAAAGCUUUUUGGUAUCCAUAGCAUUUCCUUGAAAUAGCAGGGAAUCUAUGAAGUCACUUAGCUUGGUUUUGACUACACUGUUCUUCAAGAACCUUUCAGAAAAUUAUUUCAGGAUGUCCCACAUGACACAUUCUAAAUAUGCAUAAAGCAAAGAGCUGGUGUCUAACUGCUCCUGUGUUGAAUCUGAGAAAUGAAAUAAGAACCAGUGCACUGAUGUCCCUGUACAUUCUAAUAACUAUAAUAAAGUCCACUUGAGCUUC